AUGAAACUGCCUCAUAUCAACAGCGCCCGAACAAAAAACAUCAUCCAUGCCUUCCAGGCGUUCAUCAUCUUUCUAGCAUGGGCGAUGACCAUUGCUGUAUUCACGAGAAACGGGAAGACUGACGGUCGGACGGCGUGGUACUUUGCUUUGUGUUGGUUUUCGAUUCCCGGUCUGAUAUAUUUGACGGCUGUUCCCAUAUGGCCGCGGGCACGGCGGUUUGGCAACCCGUACGCCUUCGCUUCCGUCGACGGCUUCUACGCUUUUCUCUGGUUUACAGCUUGGAUUGCGAUAGCUACCUAUGUCGGAACUGGGAAGGCUAAGGGGGAAGACGACGAAGACAACAAGAAGAAAGGCAGAACGGGAUGUGAUGCAUUUGCGUACGGGAGUCCAGCCAAGUGUACAUUAAGUACUGGAACGGCUGUCCUAGGUGCAUUUGUUUUCCUACUUUUCUGUAUUACCGCGUUUAUGUCCAUACGAGACGUCAUGGAUUAUCGCCGCACCGGCAUGAUGCCCUACGACGGAUCCGACCCGACAUUUGCUGCUCAAUCCAAAGCCGCUUUCUCGUCGAACCCUCAUGAGCUCGACGAAGAAGAUCCAGAUGCUGAAUUCAGAACGGGUCGUCCAGGAGGGUCACGCUCAGAUCGUCACGAUGACGGUGACGACUACGCGCUUCUCCAACAAAACGAAGUUGAUGACAUUGGUCCCCAUGGUACCCGCCCGCCUCCAUCUACUUAUGAUCCAACAGCACCCAUAGCUCCUGGACCUCGACUUUCUCCAGCACCUGUGGCGCCGGGUGGCUUGAUGCAUGAUUACGAUACGAGCUACGGGGGCCCGUACUCUCAUACAUCACAGCCAUCUGCCGACUAUGGAAUGGGUUCAUACAACCGAUGA